GUUCUCUAAAAAAAACCCUUCGCCACAAGCUAUUCUUACCUUACUCAGCAAGCCAAGCCAAGUUCCAUGCAUCUUCUCUCCUUUAACUCUCCAUCCUUUCCCUUUCCAUUCACUUCUUCUUCUUCUCCUUCUUCAACUCCGAUGCUUCUUUCAUCUUCCACUCCCCUCUCUGCAACAUCGCUGCCCCUCCACAUUCUGCUAUGUCCAUAGCCAAUGGCAUUGUUCUGAAUCUAAUCCUCCUCUUGCUUUCUUCCGGCCCUCUCUUCUCUCAGAAAUAUCUCGUUUCCGGUUCCGCUGUCCCAGAACGACCCGAUCCAUUGCGCCAAUUCAAAUCCUACAGUGGAGGCUAUGAUCUCACCAACAAACAUUACUGGGCGUCGGCGGCAUUUACCGGGAUCCAUGGCUACGCGGUCGCCGGAGUUUGGAUGAUCUGCGGGCUGGCGUUCGGCGGUUACGCGAUCCUGAAGAAUUUGACCGGCGCCUCUUCCGCUGUUGGGCAACAUUCGGAUUCUUCAUAUGUCACUAUGUUCUUUCUGAUUCUAAUGUUCUCGUUGCUGGCCAUAGUGGCGACGGGUUUAGUCAUCGCUGCGAACCAGAGCUGCUUACAGAGAACCAGAAAGCUGAAAGCGACCGUCCUUGGAGCCGGCGAUACUGCUCGUAGAACCAUCAGAAAGGUCACGGCAGCCAUGGACCAGAUGCAAAAGCUCUUGCUUCCAUAUGAUCCUAAAACAGCCGACCUCUUGAAUUCAACACACCUUCGGCUUGGACACGAAUGGCGAAUGAUCGGAAAAUUCACUGGGAAAAACGGACGUAUAAUGAAUGCAUCAAUUCAAAUAUCGUACAUUGCAAAUCUUGCGGUUGUAACUGUGAACAUGGCAUUCCUGGUGGCUGCAAUAGUUCUGCUCUUGUUGCAUUGGCACCCAGGAUUUGUCAUUAUAAUUUUUUUCUGCUGGACCUUUACAGUACUCUGCUGGGUGCUAACUGGUUUUGAUUUCUUCUUUCACACCUUUGCAGAUGAUACUUGUUUAGCCCUUGAGGAUUUUGAACAAAAUCCGCAGUAUAGCAGUCUCAGCUCGGUACUGCCAUGUACAAAUUCCUCGCAUGCAGAUAAAGUGUUGGUGGGCAUUGGUCGCCCAGUUCAUAAUUCCAUAAGAGAGAUGAACUCGAAGCUAACAGAGUAUGCCGGAGUUGUUCUUCGUAUUGAUGAACUAAAUGAAAAUUCAAUUGUUUGCAAUCCAUUCUCCGGCGAACCAAACUACAGAUAUAUGCCUGAGAAAUGCUCCAAAGGUGCCAUCCAGAUUGGUGAUUUGCCGCGUUUCCUCUCAAAAUUCACCUGUUACCAAGAGAACGCGGGAAGCUGCGAAAGUGAGGGAAGAUUUAUUUCAGAGGCCUCAUACACCAUGAUUUGGGCUUACAGCAACGCCAUUCAGGACUUGAUAAACAUAUUCCCUGAUUUGCAGAGCCUGAUCCACUGCUCCUUUGUCAAGGAAGCCUUCUCCAAUAUGGUUCUGCAUCAAUGCAGGCCAUUCAGAGCUUCAACUAGAAGGCUAUGGUAUUGUAUGCUCUCUCUCUCAAUUGUCAUGGUGGUUUGGGUGUUACUUUGGGCAGCCAAAGCUUAUCAAGAUAGGCAAAGAGCCUUCUCUCUCUGUUCCAUCAUCCCCAUUCCUAACACCUAGGCAAAGCUCUAGUCUCUAGAUUAGUCACCUGUGAAUAUUUACAGGAAAUUGAAUAGGUAGUUUAGCUAUUGUUUUGUCUUAUUUUAUCUUAUUUUUGGGAGUGGGGUGGGGAGAUUUGAUUAACGUGAGAUGGAAAAUAAUUCACAUAUUCUUGAGGUUAAUUGUAUAUAUUGCUUUGGUCUUUUACAUUAUUGAUUGACAUCAUAUCCCAAUUUAGAAAAAUUAAUGGCAAUAAUAUCAAUUGUAUUGUUUUGCAGCU